AUGUUGACAUCUGCAUCAUCCUCCAUCUUCUCCUUUAUCCCCGCCACGACGCCCUCACAUUCUCCUCGCUUCACCGUCCGGUCCCAAUCCAAAUUCCCCUCUUUCCCCAAUCUUAAAACCCUCGCCGGCGCCGCAGUCUUCGCCGCCGUCGCGCUCCAAUUUCCCUCCGCACGCGCCUCCCCUCCGCCUCCGCCCCUUAUCCAAACCGACCAUAGCCAGGAUGAAUCCCUUUCGCCGCUCUCCGACCUCCUCGAAACGAACGCCGAGGCCCUCGCCGCUCUCAAGUCCCUUCUCCAGCAGAAGCUCGAGCUGGGCGAGGACGACGAAGCGUUUGCCAUCCUCAAGCGACUGAUUGACGCGCAGCCGGACGCCGUCGACUGGAAGUUCCUCGCCGCGCGCCUCGCCGCCGAGACCGGCGACGCCGACGCCGCGCGGACCUACUACGAGGAGGUCCUGGCGAUGAACCCGCUCUCGUUCGAGGCGCUGUUUGAAAACGCGCUGCUGAUGGACCGGUCAGGGGAAGGGGAGGCUGCGAUGCGGCGGCUGGAGGAGGCGCUGCGCGUGGCGGAGGAAGACAACAAGAGGAAGGAGGCGCGGGACGUGAGGCUCAUCAUGGCGCAGAUUAUGUUUCUGCAGAAGAAUGUCAAUGAAGCGUUAGGGAUUUAUGAUCAGCUUACGAAAGAGGAUUCUAAGGAUUUCAGACCUUACUUUUGCAGAGGCAUGAUUUAUAGCUUGCUUGAUAGAAACGACGAGGCGAAGGAGCAAUUUGAAAAAUACAGAGAGUUGAGUCCCAAGAAAUUUGAGGUGGAUGGGUAUUUGAGAACCCCUUUGUCAAGGAUGAAGCUGUUUAGCACCGAUGAGAGCUGA